AUGACUUCUGAAAUGGACCCCAACACUGCUGGUGUUCAAUACAACCGCUGGAAUGAAGACAACAUCAAUCUGAAUGUGGCUGGAACAGGUGUAACGGGGUAAGCUCUGAGAAACACUUACUUUACUUUCAAUUAAGGUGUACCACGUUGAAAUUAAAUUCAGUGCAGAUUGUUUUUCCUCCAUUAAAUCCUAUUUGAUUAACUUCUCCAAAUUCUGACCUCUUGAGUUUACUGAUAGUGUAUGGAACUGACCCCAACAGUAAUCACUGGCCAUAUUAUUACAUGACAUGUUAUGCUUCCCAAAGGCUCUACAACAGGGUCUGCACUGGCACCCUGGGCAUAGUUAUCAAGGUGGCCGGAGCUUUGGCUGCACUGGUGGCUGUUUACAUCAUAGGAUACCUCAUUGGAUAUUACGCCCACAAAUGCUGA